AUGCCAAUCUAUAGAGGACUCGAACGUUACAAGCUGAUAAAGAAAUUGGGAGAUGGCGCAUUCUCCAAUGUCUUUAAAGCCCUAGACACAGAAACCCAAGAGAAUGUGGCAGUCAAGGUAGUUCGGAAGUUUGAACUAAACAAGCAGCAGGUAAAACAAAAUAUUGUAUAUACAAAUCCUGCAAGUGUAUUAAAAGAAGCCCAAAUCAUGCGAACAGCAAGUCAUCCGUCCAUUGUCCAACUAAAAGGCUUUAUUGAAACAGAAGACCAUUCCUUUUUGAUUCUUGAAUUAUGCGAAGGUGGUGAGCUAUUCCACCAGAUCGUCAGAUUAACCUAUCUAAGCGAAGAUCUGGCCCGCCAUUGUAUCGGACAAGUAGCAGAGGCUAUCAGAUACCUUCAUGAAUCCAAAGGUGUCGUCCAUCGGGACAUUAAACCAGAGAACCUUUUGUUCGAACCUAUUCCUAUUCGCCCUCGCCAAGUACCCCUAAAGCCAACCGAAUACGAAGAAGGCGAAGAAGAAGAACCAAAGGAAGACGAAGGCGAAUUCAUACCCGGCAUUGGUGGUGGAGGAAUCGGUCGAGUCAAGAUUGCAGAUUUUGGACUGUCAAAGGUGGUGUGGAACUCACACACAAUGACUCCCUGUGGCACGGUAGGCUACACGGCGCCCGAAAUCGUCAGGGACGAACGGUACUCGAAAUCAGUCGACAUGUGGGCACUUGGAUGUGUGCUUUACACCCUUUUGUGUGGAUUCCCACCCUUUUAUGACGAAAGCAUCCAAAUGCUGACAGAAAAGGUCGCAAGAGGCCACUACACAUUCAUGAGUCCCUGGUGGAACCAUGUGUCAAAAGAAGCCAUGGACCUCAUCAGCCAUCUUCUUUGUUUUGACCCCGAGAAACGAUACACUAUCGAUCAAUUCUUACAAGACCCAUGGAUGCAAAAGGCCACUAACAGCAGUGGCCCACCAACUCCCGACCAAACCGAAGCACCACCAGACCGAAGAAGAGAUCUCUUUUCCGGAAUCUCAUCCAUGAAAGAAGUCUUUGACUUGCCGUAUACUGUCCAUCGUCAGGCCGAAGAA